CUCACUGCACAGCAAUAUCAAAAGGAUCACUUCGAAACUCCUUCAAAACCAGGAUUAAUCCAGCUAUAUCAUCAUGAACUUCAAUCAGAUCUUCGUUUUUGUCGCCCUCAUUAUGGCCAUCUGCUUGGGACAGUCUGAGGCUGGUUGGCUGAAGAAGAUUGGGAAGAAACUGGAACGCGUUGGCCAGCACACUCGGGAUGCCACUAUCCAGGGUCUGGGAAUCGCUCAACAGGCCGCCAAUGUUGCAGCUACUGCCAGAGGAUAAUUUAUGAAUAUACAAUUUAUACAAUUAACUUAUUUAUUUUAUUUAAAUAACUUAUUAUUUAACUGUCAAAAAUAAAAAUGUAUUUUAACUGAAAA